CGAUUACAUGUAGUCAAAUAAUAAUAUUCAAACUUCAAAGUAGCUCUUCUGGAAAUGCAUUUAAGAGAUGAUGUUUUACUCGGAAGUCAUUUUGUUUAUGGAAAUAAUUAAAAAAAUCUAUGUUGGAAGUGAAAUGACUCUGCUUACUUCGGAUGCACCCGUGACUUUAUAUUGCCUAGUAGUAUUCUUUAGGUUCCAUAUAUUGCUGUGCUUUUCUUCAUGUCUACAAUUUCAAUGGAUGUUAUUAACCAAUGAGAGAAAAAAGUUUAAGUUAAGUGAUCAGAUUUAUUUAGUCAUGCAAGUCUUAAUGCGUGUUUAGUGCUUUUCCAACCCAACAAUGUAACAGGUUUUCUCAGCAGAGUAUUCUUUGAUAUGUAAGAUAUUUGAGUACAAGAAGCCUUAUAUUAGCUUCAUGGAUGGCAUAACGAUGGGAUUUGGCAUUGGAUUAUCAGGUCACGGUCGCUACAGAGUAGUAACUGAGAGGACUGUUCUUGCCAUGCCAGAAAAUGGAAUUGGCCUGUUUCCUGAUGUCGGCUUUGCUUAUAUAGCUGCUCAUACUCCAGGAGAAGGGGUAGUCGGUGCUUAUCUUGGAUUGACUGGCAACAGAAUAUCGACACCCGCUGAUGCAUUGUAUGUUGGUCUGGGAACACACUUUGUCCCAUCUUCGAAUUUGAAUGCAAUGAAGGAAAAUCUCUUGGAUGUCACCUUUUCUGAGGAUCCAGACCAUGAUAUUCAGAAAGUAUUGGGAAAAUACAGUUCCACCCCUGAUUCAGAACCCCGCUUGAAGUCAAUUUUACCUAGAAUAAUUUCAACAUUUGGUGGCAACACGGCUAUCAAUGAGAUAAUGAAGGAGCUAGAAACUCAUCAGGAGAGUGCUGAUACCUUAGUGGCUGAGUGGGCCAAGGAUGCAUUGCAAGGGCUCAGAAAGGGUGCUCCCUUUUCUCUCACUCUAACUCAAAAGUUUUUCGCCAAAGUUGCAUCUGCUCGUGGAAACCACACCAAUAUCUUAUCAAAGCUGACUGGGGUGAUGAAAACUGAGUAUCGCAUUGCAUUGAGAUCUGCUCUACGAGAUGAUUUCAUUGAAGGUGUCCGUGCUGUUUUGUUGGACAAGGAUCAGAACCCAAAAUGGAAACCAUCAAACUUGGAGGAGGUCAAGCUCAGUGAGGUGGAGGCUGUUUUUGAGCCCCUGAGUCCAGAAACAGGUGACCUGAAUGUAUAAGGUUUGCACUAGGGCAUCCAUCUCUUUUGUUCCUACCAGUAACCGAUAGGGAAGGGAAGCACCCCUCACGUGCCGGCACGAAAUAACCAUUGGCUGUUCCAAUUUAGCCACUGACUUUUGGUGUUCUGUAAAACAUAAUCAAAUGAUGUUUGGUCAUUUGACUCAUUUCCCCCAAGGAUUUAAUCUUAUGAAUCUAGUGUAUUAUUCCCUGCAUGCUAGAAAGAGGAGUGUUAGCUGGCUACAACAACAUGGCUAUGUCUCCUAACGUUGUUUUCUCUGAUUUCUGUACACAAAUCAUUACCUACCAUUUUCUUGCUCAAACAUAAAGUUGAACCAACCUACACUGGUUCCAAUACAAGUAAACUACACCGUCGUUU